AUGCCUCUGGAUAUCGACCCCAACUAUGUUCUGCAGGUCGCGCGACUGACGGCCAUUGUUGCAGCGGCACCUCGCCAGAACGACCCUCGCUAUCCGGACUGGGAGACGAGAAUUUACCUCAAAGUGAGUUGGCUUGAAAAGAGUUUCCCGCAGCCCUUGAGGAUGCCUGGCAUUGUCAUUAGCGCGUUGCUGGAAUUCACCCGGGCAUAUCAGCAGAAGGCCCUGGCGCGGCUGGACCACAUAUCAAAUGACGAUGAGAGGAUAUACAAGAGGUACCCUCUGGCUGUGCGCAAGUAUGGGGAGUGUGAGGACCUGGGAAGGCAGUGGUGGACUGAAGUGGCUGGCUUGGGCAAUGUGCCAGCCGAUGAUGACACCCAGGGAUGUGGCGCGGAGGACCUGGGGACCGGGGACCUUGUCACCAAGGGGAAAGGCAAGGAGAGAGCUAACAACGAUGCCAGGACAGGUAUGAUGGGUGAUCGUAUCGUCCACGUGGAGGCGAGGGAGGACAAGAGAAAGGGAAAGAGCAAGGAGAAGGUGCAGGGGAAGGCGGCCCAUGCGAUGAGAGAGGGAGAGGGAGAGGGAGAGGGAGAGGGAGAGGGAGAGGGAGAGGGAGAGGGAGAGGGAGAGGGAGAGGGAGAGGGAGAGGGAGAGGGAGAGGGAGAGGGAGAGGGAGAGGGAGAGGGAGAGGGAGAGGAGCAGGAGGGCGAGGACGACAAUGAUGCUGACAAUGAUGACGGUGAUGAGGAUGACGAUGCCGACAAAGAUGAUGACGAUGAGAUGGCAGAAGACGUGCCAUGUGCAGGCCAGCCCAAAUCCAUCGAGCGCAAGGCCAUCAUCACGGAGUCGAGUGAGGAGAGUGAGAAUGAGGAGGUGGCUCUGAAGGCGAAGCAGAUGAAGCCGAUCGAGGUCACAAAGGAGAAAGGCGAGGCCCCGACCACCUUUGGUCGAGCGCAGCGUGCGCAGAAGAGGAUGGCGCAGACCGAGGUGGAGGGCUCGAAGGUGAGCAUGAAGAACAGUGGGAAGAGGAAGGCGAAGGAGUCAAGCGAUGAAGAGAAAGUACCGACCGUCAAGCCGCCAAAGAAGAAGCGCGCGAUGAAGGAAUACAAGAGCAAGUAG